CUCAGAGUUAGUUCUUCUUCGACAGCAUAGUUGCCAAGAUGUAUUUCGGUUUUUUUAUUUUAUCCUUAGCGUUAAUAGCCGGUUGUAACUCCGAUAAUGUAAAAAGUAUAGUUCAAGGUAACGAUGAAUUUACUGUGAAAACCUACAAGGAACUGCUCAAAAUUUCUGCCGAUAAUUUCGUUUUCAGUGGAUUGUCUGCGGAAACUGUAUUAGCCUUGUUGGCCAACGGUGCUAAAGGAGAAACAAGGAGUCAACUUUUAAAAGGACUUAGUUUACCAGAAAAUCUAGAUUCAACUAACAACGGUUACAAAGAAUUGCUUCCGAGUUUAAACAUCGAUAAAGAAUCGUUAAAAUUAUCUUCAGCUAACAGAAUAUAUCCAGCAAAAGGUUUUUCGAUAACUGAAGCUUUCAAUAACACAGCAGUCAACGUUUACGAAUCAGGUGUACAGAACUUAGACUACACCAAUCAACAAGCAGCAGCUAGUACCAUCAAUCAAUGGGUUGAAGAGAAAACUAAUAAUAAAAUUAAGAAUCUCAUAGAUCCAAACAAGUUAUCUUCUUCGACGGUACUAGUUUUGGUGAACGCUUUGUAUUUCAGCGGAGAAUGGACAGAUCAUUUCGAUUAUGUAUCGAAAGGACCUUUCUUCACUUCAGCUACUGCUUCCAAAGAAGUUGAUUUCAUGCGUACGGAAACUUGGGCUAAAUAUAGCCACGAUGAUAAUUUGAAAGCUACGUUUUUGGAAAUGGAUUUCAUAUAUGGAAACGUCAGUAUGACUUUCGUUUUACCCGACAGUCGAACUGGGUUAACAGCCACAGAAAAUAAUUUACAAGAAUAUUUGAAACCGAAAAAAAUGGAAUAUGCAAGAGUUGCUGUUACAAUACCUAAAUUUAAAAUCGAAACUACUAUAGAUUUUAAACCGAUUUUACAAUCAUUCGGAAUCGAAAAAAUCUUUACAAAUGGUGAUUUGAGUGGAAUAUCCAGUGAAGGCCCAUUGAAGGUUGACUUCGUGGUACAAAAAGCGUUCAUUGAUUGCAAUCAAAAAGGAGUCGAAGCUGCGGCAGCAACAGCAGUCAAAGUUUUUCCGCCUUCGUUACCCCCACCUGCUGAGCAUACAUUCAACGCAGACCACCCGUUUAUCUUUUAUAUCAGAGAAAAUUAUUACGGGACGACACUGUUUGCAGGCAGAUUUAACACAUAAUACAGAGUGAUUCAAUUCACUUAACUAGCAAAUCGUUUGUUAAUUUUUAUUUUACUUUUAUUGUUUUCCUUAAUGAAAUAAAAAAAUUCUGAAAUCGCACAUUUACUUCAAAAAAUAUUUUUGUACAAGCCCCCAUACAUAAGUACGUUUAUCUAUUGUUUCAAAUCAACAUAAUUAAUAAGUGUUAAAAAACCCUCUAUGUCAACCGCUUUAUCUAUUGUUAUUUGAAAUUUUAUUUUUUUUUAGUUGGUACAAUUGCCGUAUUUCUAUCCCCACUAUAUAGAAUUAAUAAUGACUCUAUGAUCCUCAGUUAUUAAUACACAUUUCAAAACGUUUUAUUUAUCUAUGAUAGUGUAUCUACAAACAAACAAUCCCUCUAUACCCUAAUUUUAUCUAUUGUUAAUUGAAAUAGAUAAUUUUAUUUUUUCAGUUGGUGUAGUUGCAGUAUCUUUACCCCCACCUGCUAAAUAUACGUUCAAGGCCGAUCAUCCGUUUAUAUUCUAUAUUAAAGAAAAUAAUUUUGGUAGAAUACUUUUUACUGGCAGAUUUAAACAUUGAUAUGGUUUAUUUCUAAUAUCACGAUUGACUAACCUCAAAAAUAAUAUGUUUUACAAAAUGAUAAUAUAAAAAUUUUUUCUUUCGUCUUCUUUUUCUUUUUAGUUCGUGACAUUCUCUUCGAACACACUCUACACUGCCCGACACUACACCAAAACAAUGUUCCAUCUCUCUUAUUACUGAUUACAUUAAAUCUUCGAAUAAAGUCCUACUGGUAAUGGAUUUUCGAUUAAUAGAUAAUCGAUUAUUGGUUUAUUAGUAAGAAAACAAGUCGUUCGUAUCGAGGUCAUAGAUAUUGAGGUUGAAUUCGAAGAAAUACGUUUACAUUUAAUAUUUUCUGCCGUAAACAAAAAAUUUAUUAUGUUUUAGUUGGAGUGGUUGGGUAUUCGUUGAUUGAGAGACCUAUCAAAUAUAAUUUCAAAGCUGACCACCCAUUCUUCUUUUAUAUUAGAGAAAAACAUUACGGAACGACACUAUUUGUUGGCAGAUUUAACAAAUAAAACGUUUCCUAUAUGAUAUAGCGAACUAAUAAUAAAUUUUUCUCAAUU